AUGACAACAUCAUCACAAAAAUAUCAAACCAUACCGACUAGUGAAGAUGAUGAUAGACGACCAUCAGCAUCUAUCAUUGAAUUAACAAGUGGAAAACCAUCGGAUGAUGAUUAUAAUUCAAUUGCUGAUUAUAAAUCUGCUUUUUCUUAUUCAAGACAAAUUAAUUUACAUACUUUAACAGAAAAACGGCCAUUAGUGGGUGUUGAACAAUUCGCCCAUUACAUGGUUAUUCUUUUUUGUGCAAUUUUUACACUUGUUCUUUUACCUUGGUCAUUAAUAUUUGCUCUUAAACGUGUUCGUCAAAAUGAACAAUUAGUUGUUUAUCGUUUGGGUCGUGUUCAAAAGAAACCACGUCGUCCUGGUUUCACUUUAGUUCUCCCAUUUGUUGAUUAUUCAAAACGUAUUCGUACAAAACAAAAUAAUCUUGUCAUAUCUCCUACACAAAUUAUUUGUCGAGAUAAUUCAAUAGUUGAAGUCAAUGUUUCUGUAGAAUAUAAUAUUGAUGAUCCAAUACUUGUAUCAAAUAGUCUUAAUGAUAUAACAAUAUCAUUAAAAUCUUUAACACGUUCAACAUUAGUUGCAUUCGUUGGAAAAAUUGAUGGAAUGAAAAUUGAACAACAAAUUUCUCAAAUUGAACUUUCACUUAAAAAUGAACUUAAUCAUUUUGUUCGUAAAUGGGGUAUUGACAUACAUAAAUUUCAUGUUGUACAAACAAAAAUUGUUUCAACAGCCGAUGAAAAUGAAGAUAAUCAAGCAUCUUUUCAUCCUGCACUUGAUGUAUUUACAAAAAUAUUUGCAGGAAUUAUGCAACAACAGCAACCAGGACAAGUCGCACCAACCACAGUUAAACCACCUGAUAACACAGCUUCACCUGUUCUUCAAUUGAUUGUUCAACGACUUCGACCUGUAUUAACUGAAGAACUUGUUCGACAAGUUAAAACAACCUAUCAAUUUAAUAUUGCUACAUUAGGCGAAUUUUAUCUUGAUCUUAAAAAUGGUAAUGGUACUUGCGAUACAGGUCGUUAUCCGUUAGCGAAACCAGAUGUAUCAAUAACAUUAUCGAAUCCGGAAGAUUUACGACUUUUAUCAGCAGGUGAUUCCAAUGAACUUGUUCAAGCUUAUUUAAAUCAACGUAUUACAAUUGAUGGCUUAUUACAAGAUGCAAUGUAUUUAAAACAUUUAGCUGAAGCACUUCGUCGAGAUAAUAUUCUACUUUUUAAUCCAACUAUUCGAAAAUAA